UGUCCCUGCAUCACCAACAAUUUAAGUACCCAACUAAUGGUUUCAUGCAUAUCCUUUUGUCUAUAUAAGUAUUCACGGCUGCAAGCAUUGAGGACCAACACAAAUCAUUCACAUCGUAAAGUGUUCGAAAUUCAAAAUUCUCAACAUUUCUCUUAAACCAUUCUCUUCUCCAAUCUAUACAACAAUGGGUUUUCGUUUACCUGGCAUCAGAAAGGCAUCAAAAGCGGUGGACGCACCAAAAGGCUAUCUUGCAGUCUAUGUCGGAGAGAAAAUGAAGCGGUUUGUGAUUCCCGUAUCAUACCUGAACCAACCUUCAUUCCAGGACUUGUUGAGUCAAGCCGAGGAAGAGUUUGGAUAUGAUCAUCCCAUGGGUGGCCUCACAAUUCCUUGCAGUGAAGAUGCCUUCCAACGUAUAACUUCUUGCUUGAAUUGAGCAGAAAUCUCACAGUUAAAAUAAUAAUUAUCUUUAUCAAAUUAAAAUUUUGAGCUGCAAGGUCCAAAGCACACGAGGUACCUUCCCUGCCGAAGCAGGUGCAAAAUACAAUUGGACGUAACACCGAGGUUUAUUUUCUUCCUUGAAUAGACAUGGCCUACUCUCGUGACAAAAACAUUCUCUUGUACGAUAUUCACGAAUGGUAUGGCCCAUUUUCACUAACCCUAUAUAGGGAGAAGUGGAGGAACCAAUGCUUUUUCCAUAACUUCGGUCUACCAGAUAAAAUAAAACAUAUAUGACCAUACCAUGCAAGAAGAAUAGUUCGAAACUGUGUGGAUCGGAGUUCUUAUUUUAUGUCCACCAAAAUUGGCGAUCUGUUCUGUUAUUGCUGUGAAUUUUGGGGCAAUACCAUGGUAUGUAGUAAUAAUUCCAUGGCAAUACCAUAGUAGUAACAACUCCAUAGCUGCUUGUUCAGGAAAAUGAAACAGUUGAUGAACCUUUGGACAACGAUAAUGAUUUUGCAGUGAUGAUAGAAUGAGAGGGAGUAAUAAUUUAACCGAAGAUAUAUAAUUACAUUGUGGUGCUUAAAGAGGGGGAACUAAAAGAACCACAUAUUAUAGAAAAAGGCAACAAGUGGGGAGUACUGUUUCAGGACAAAAAAGUUUUGUGGGUUUCUUGUUCAGAUCAUGGACACAUAUUGAAAUACAAUAGGUCAGUUUAGUAAUUAACAAUCUUAUCAAGGUUGCCCUAU